UUCCGCAGAGACAGCUGAUGCGCCGAGUCCUCCGCUCCUUCGCUAAACUGCUCUUGAAUACAUGUUGACGCACAUAUAGUUAGACUUCAUUUUAAUUCAGUAAAGAUAGUUAAUAUGUUGUGCGGGGAAAGGAUACCGCUGUUGUGGGUUUUCGUGCAGGCUGCGGUCGUCGUGGCGUGGUGUUUCACUGACAUGGAAACGGGGCCUGGCGCAGGUGUACCGACACAGCCGAACGGGGAUCGCUUCAAAAUCGAGGGAAGAGCGAUCGUUCCGGGGGUGAAAACACAAGACUGGGUCUCCACGGCCAGAAUCCUGGUGGAAGGUGAAGAAUACGUGGGUUUUUUGAGAACUGAUGGAAGUUUUGCUGUGAAUGAUGUCCCUUCAGGAUCUUACGUUGUAGAAGUUGUCACGCCAACCUUUAGAUUUGAACCAGUGCGUGUUGAUAUCACAUCCAAGGGCAAAAUGAGGGCACGUCUUGUGAACUACAUUAAGACUUCAGAAGUAAUUCGCCAGCCAUAUCCUCUCCAAAUCAGGGCAAGUGGCGCUCACAGCUACUUCAUGAAGAGGGAAACCUGGGGCUGGACAGACUUCCUUAUGAACCCAAUGGUUAUGAUGAUGGUUCUGCCACUGCUGAUUAUUGUCUUGCUGCCCAAAGUGGUCAACACCAAUGACCCAGAGAUGAGAAAGGAAAUGGAGCAGUCCAUGAACAUGCUGAACCCCAACCCUGAGCUUCCAGACGUCUCUGAGCUCAUGACCAAGCUCUUCUCUGGCUCCAAGGGCUCCAGCAAGGCAGGCAGCAGCAGCAAGGGCACCAGGCCAGCUGCCAAGAGGAGGUAGUACUGCUCUGUACGCGUUUCUUCAGUCUGCCUAAAGAAGCACGAGUUAUGCCAUGGAAGCAAGAUUUUUAAGUGUCAUUUUCCCCUCCGGGUCUAUUGUACAGUUUUCUUUAUUAAUAGAUGUUUUGAGCACAUCUUGAUUUCUAUUAAGCUAUUGGAAACUGAGCAAAACUAAGUUUUUUUUUUUUUUUUCAUACUGCACUGAUAGAAAUUUCUUAAUCUCUGUAAAAGCUGUAAUUCUUCAUUUGCUCUCUACUUUCUACAAGUGGCUCUACUACUCAUCAUCAGUCUUUUCUGUGCUAACCCUCUGGUGUGCAUUUUUUUCCACUGCUGCUAAUUCCACUACCUGAAAGAGAACAUAUAUACAUACUCAGAGAUUUUCUUGUUUUUUCGAUUUCAGUAAUACGACUGUGAAUGAAGAUGAAUUGAAUUUUAAGAAUUCUUAUUUAAAAGCCUAGAUAAUUAAAUUACAAUGGUUAUAUAACAACUUUGUUUUUAUUUCAGACCAUUUUAUUAUGUUGAAAUUGAGCACAUGGCCUUCUCAUUUUUACCAUACGGCCAGGAUUCACAUAGUGUACAUACGUGCCUAAGGUGUAUAAAUUAAAAUGAUAACUACUGGACGGUCAAAGAGUGAUAGAGCUGUGUGGUUGCUUUCAAGAUCUCUAGAGUGUAACUGGCUUUACUUUGAAUAAAGCGACAGUAAAGUCCAUAUUAAAGUCACAAUAAAAUGUGUCUGUGAUAAAUGUCCUCAGUUAACCAGAACUCUGACUGUUAAUCAUAACUCAAGGUUCACUUACUAGCUUUUUUCAGGCUUUCAGCCAUAUCACAUUUUCUUCAUUAGCUGAGGGGUGUUUGCUCAGUUGUCAUGGAGAUGGAUCUGCUGACUUGUGAGCUCAGUAGCUUUUAUGAUUUCCACUUAAGAGUUAACUGUAAACCAUCAGGGACGUCCUGAAAGUGCUAAACAGAUAAAAUCAUAACAGCUGCCAAGCUGGCACCUCAAGAGAUGAUCUCCAUGACAACUCAACAAAUCGUGCCUGCAGAUAAAGAUGUGUAAUGUGGUUGAAAGUAUAGCUCGACCGAUACAGGAUUUUUUAUGUAGAUAUCGAUAUUUGGGAGUGUAAAAAAAAAUCUACUAACAAUAUAUUGACUGGUAGUUUUUUUUGUAAAUAAACACAUAAACAAUCUUGUUUCGGAUCACUUUAGAUUUUUUUUUGUUUGUUUUUUUUGUGACUAAGGUACAUACCAUGUGUUACAUUUUAACCAGGCUCUCUGGUGGACGAACUGUGUAAAUGAGACACAGUUUCUAAAUCAAAAUUGUUGUUGCUCAACCAAUACACUCAUGUAUUUGCAAUAAGCUAAUAUCAGCCAAUACAUCAACCUGGCUGAUUUAUCAGUCUUAUAGAAAGUUCUGGGGAAAGCUACUAGUCGAUGGGCUUUGAGUUGUGAUUGUUUUGUCAAACUACUACUUCCAAGAUCAAGAAUCAGGGCUGGGAUGCCCAGAGGGUCUCUAGAUAAAUCUGAGGAGUUACAAGAUGAUUAUAGGGAAAGGAAAAUCAAAAAAAUGUCUGUUUUUUUGUUUUGUGGUUGUUUUUUUUUGUUUUUUUUUUACUUUUGCUUUUGAAAGAAUGCUUAUGAUACUUUGACCUCUUCAGGCCUCUAGAAAUCCUUUAAAUAAAACAAUCUGAGAAAUCA